GUCAUCCUAAUUCCUAACCUUAAAAAAUUUGAAAACAAACAGAUUGUCAUUGUUGAUAUUUAUUUGCUUAUUAAUCAAAUUUAAUUGAACAAAAAUAAUAAAGCAAUGAGUAAUUUACAAGCAGAAACAGAAUCUGGUUCAAAAAUGGUGAAAAUGGAAGAGAGUGACAGAUCAAAUGUAAUAUUCUCUCACGAGGAAUUGGUUAAACUUACAAAGGACGCAAUUAGUAAAAUAAUAGAAAGUGAUCCACUUUUUGGAGAACUUCCUCCAGAUGCAACCCUCGAGGAAAUAAAAGCACAAACUGCGGUUGUUCAAGGGCAAGCAAUAACUUUGUAUUUGAAUCGAGAGGAUUUACCAAUGAUCGCGGUUGUGGUACAACCGCACAAUACGACUGUUCUUGAUUUGAAAAAAGCUGUAAAAAGACACACGAAUUUGUCUCUGAGGAGAGAAAAUAUCAAGAAAAAAAUCAGCUGGAAACAUGUUUGGAAGAGGUACUGCCUGAGUUUCAACAACACUCAACUCACAAAUGAUAACGAAAAUAUAAAAGCCUACGGCUUACAUAAUAAGGCCGAAAUAUGUUUUGUUAAAAGAAGAAGGGAAAAGCACAAAAUUUAAAGAUUAUAAGUAAACUAUUUAUGUUCUCUAAUAAACGUUAUUUAAUUU